AUGAAGCAGCGAGGAAUGAGAGAGGUAAGUGAAGUCCUAGCUAGCUAGGCAACAUAAGUCUGUCUUAAAUUAAUGCUAAGUUAGCUAACGUUAUUCCUUGUAUCAAGACAACCAUAUUAAUUUGCUGUACGAGCUGUGGGGGGAAUUUCCAGUGAGUUUCAUCAGCAUGAAACAUUCUGCUGGUUCUGCUCUGGACCUCUGCAUCAAUGAUAAUUUUGAGUAAGCUUGUGUUAGUUGACAGAUAUAGCCUAUAGAUGGUGCAGUGGUUCUCAAAUGGCCUAUCUUCAAGAAGAAAAACAGUUUUUAUAUAUAUAUUUUCAUGUCUGUCCAAACAAAGUGGAACAACAAAGUGCUGGAAGAGGUGAGGGAGAGAUGAAAGUUGAUGAGCAAGAGCGGAGGUGAGUUGACUAUGAAUGAAUGAUGUCCCAAUCAUUUUUUUUUUGUUUUUUUUUUUGAGUCAUUUGAUUUGAAUAUCGAUUGCAGAAAUACAAAACCUCCCAUAUGAGGAAAAAACAAAAAAAAAAUUUUUGGAAAACAAAAAACCUGCCCCAGUACAGUAUUAGGUCUAGUGACGCCCCUGCCCUCACCACCAGCCGCCUCCUGUCUCUCCUCAUUUUUUAUUUUUUUUUAAAAUCAUCAGUGAUAGACCGCCUCAUUUGUAAAAAUUGUGAAACACUUGUUGUCAUGAAGCGCACAUGCGCUCCAUCCUCAGACACUGUGGUUGAAAGUUGCCCUCUUUUUCACUGGCUUAGUCAGUCUGCACUCUCUCUUGUUCUCAUACAGGGCCUGUGUUAGAGUGAGCAUUAAACAUAUGCACUUGGACGAACACAACCAGAUAAAAUUCUAACUCGCGCACACUGAAAUAAAGGUCUUGUAUGCAAUUUUGGUCACAGUCUCGAGCACUGUCAAUAUGGAAUACGCUAAACAGCACGUUAGCGUAUUCCAUGGGAAAUUCUAGUACAAAAAUGAAACAGUGGACUGACAUUAUGCAUUGCACACACUCUGCAGGAGAGAGUUUCACCGAAGCACUUCCAGCUUAAAAUACCACAUUAACUUGAAGGAUGGGUGUCUAUGUUCAGUGCAUAUAUAUUCCCUUCUCUCUUAAACCUCUUUGCCUAUGCAAAAUGAAACAAUUAAUAUAGAUUAGAAACGAAUGAAAUUUAAGAGUAAAUAAUCAAAAUUAAUCCACAGCAACCCUUUGAUUACUUCUAUUAAAAAUGUUGUGUGUGUAUAUAUAUAUAUAUAUAUAUGUGUGUGCGUGUGUGUGUGUGUGUAUGUAUAUGUAUACACACACACACACAAAUAUACUACAAUCUGUAAAACUUAAAGCCUAUGUAAAUGAAAUUUCAUUCUGUAUACGCCUGCUGCAUACUGAACAACAAACAAAAAGUCUAGGUCUAAGUUUCAGUCUGUUUGAGCGAUAUACAUGACAGAGGAAAUCAAUCCCCAACCACUUUAUGCACAUCAGUCAGACUGAUGUGUUUACAUGAUUUUUCAAGUCCAGUUUCAGCCAGACACAGGCGAUAAAUUGACCUUUUAGGUGCCUGUAAUUGCACUGAUGGAGUAGUUGGCUGUUGCAGAGGGCAGAGACACACACAGCUGGCAAGGAGAUCAACUUCCUACAUGUUUGUGCAAAAAUGUGGAUGUAUUUAGAAGUUAAAAAAAACAAAAAACGUAUUUUUUAGUUUAGCUGCUCUGUUUACUGGAGCUCUUUCUUCUCUCUGUCUUUAUGUUGAUCAGUCACAGCCACGCUCUCUCUUGUGUGCUGGCAGUAGCCUCUGGCUGAAAAUAUGAGUGUGGAUAUUUUGUCUUCCAUACCACUUUACUUCCAAAUGCAGAUAGCUAAUGUAUCAUUUUGGAGACCUAGAUACUGAAAACUAUCAAAAACUUUAAAAACCCAGACAAAUCACCAAAAUGAAACAAAAAUUUUUGCUCUGAAUAAAAUAUUGUCACCUCUCCAGGAUUUAUAAUCUUUUUUUAUUGUGUUAUUUUAAGUCUGCCUACAUUCAUGUCAUUCCCAGAACCCGAUGUGAAAUCACAGCUUUCUCUUGACUUGGCUUUACGGUCUGCCUGAACUGUAAGGUGUGCUAUUACACUCAGUGACGUCCAUUUGUAAAGUAGAUCAUUUCUGUACAAUAGCAAUGUUUAAGGAACUUAAAGGAAAUUAAAAGGAAUUCAGACUAAUGGUUGAGUCAAAAGUAAACAAACACUACAAAACCAGUGAAAAUUUAUCACAGUUUAUUUAACAGCACUACACAGAUUCAAAAUCAUAUUGUGUGUAGCAUUUUUGACUGCUAAAUAAAACAACAUCAUGUUCUUAAAUAACAACUGAAGCUUUAAAACUUUGGGAUGUGCUUUAUGAACAUGGCCUUAAAUCACUGAAUAAAACUUGUGACUUUUAAACAAGGAAAAACACAAAUCAAACCAUUAUCAGUCAAAAAAAAAAAAACAAUAACAGACCUAUGGGAGGAUAACUCAUGACUAUCAACUACAACAGCUCAUGCUUAACAGACAUCAUUCAACACCUACUUGUCUGAGUUUUGUUAAGUCAAAUCAGUAUGUUGACAUGCCCCGGUGAAGGUCAAGGCCUUUGAUAACUUCAAGUCUGGCAGCCAAAAAAGACUUUUGUAAGCUGGUGUCGUUUUGGAGAGCUCCUUGUCUUCCGCUCCACCACAUGAAUAAAUCGUCUUUGGCCUGAGUACAGGUUUCAAAUCCAUCAGCACUCCAGGGCGUGCCCAAGCAUGAUUUGAUAUUUUGGUGAGCAGCGCAGCCUGGCGCAAGUAUCCCCCCUCCCUUACUCAGCUCCUCCCAGCGGCGCAAGUACUAGAGAAGGAGGAGAGUCCAAUUUGCGCCAAUCACAUCAGCUCCUCUCGGUGAGGUUUAUUGCCAUUUUCGUGGAGCAGUCAGACAAAUGGCAGAAGACAACAAUGCGCGACAGCCAAACUUUUAACAGGAGGAGAUUGAUGUUCUGGUCCGGGAGGUGCAGUCUCGCAAUGACCGGAUUUAUGGGCAUGCAAACAGACCACCAUGGGCCGAUGAUGCCAAAGCAUCCUGGGAGGAGAUAAGUACUGCCAUGAACCAGGUUUGCCUGGACGGGCAGAGAACCGCUGCACAAUGCAAAAAGCGGUUCAGUUAUGUCAGAUGACGGGCUAAGCAAAAACUAUCUCAACACUGUCACAAGACGGUGACGACCGGAGGUGGCCUCUCAUCGAGUGUGGCGCUGAGCCCUGCCGAGGACGUGGCGUUCUCCACACUCCCCCAAAGAAGUAUUGAGGGGUUUGGUGUCUCUGAGGUUGGACCCACGGCUAAGACAAACAUUCUUCUCCACAAAUAAAGACACUCACAUCAAGUAUAUUUAAUGCGUGCGUAAUGGGAUUGGAAUCGGAACCACCUGUGCGUAAAGGAUGGAUCAAACAAGCCUGAUUUUUUUAAAGCUAAGACUGGACAGCAGGAGAAAGGGAACCAAUACUCUAAGCGACCUUGUGAGCUGUGGUGUCUGACCCAACAAUGAGGACCUCAGUCUUGUCAGGGUUUGGCUGCAGGAAGUUAUGAGCCAGCCAGUCCUUAAUGGCGGUCAGACAAUCGAGCAAAACAAUUAAUUUGUCUGUAUCAUCAGGCCUAAAUGACACAUAAAGCUGGAUGUCAUCAGCGUAUAGGUGAUAAAAAAUGCCCUUGAAUUAAUUAAAAGAACUAAAUGAAAGGCAACAAAAACUUAAUUAAAUGUCCAACUGAAAAACUCCCAAAGGCAAAAAGAACACAAGAGGCAAAAUCCAGAUCGACAAGUCAUUGCAAAGAUAGAACACGUUUUGAUGGCUGGUAUUGGGCUAAAAAAAAAUUCCCCAAAAAUGAAAUUAAUACACAUAAAAGAUUUUUUCGGUGUGUAAAUGAAUGGGCAUCACUAUAGUGCUGUUGCAAUUUACCAGGGUACGACUUACUUUUCCUUACGGGAAACCAGCUAAACUGGCCAAAGCAUACUACAAAAUAACGGCCGACUUGCAGUCAUACUGCAUACUACUAUCAAACACAGUACUCAGUAUGUGGUAUCUACUGCCUACUGCGGUCGGCAGGAGUAUGCAGUUGGCCAAUUUGAAAACAGCCACACUCUCUCUCUCGUGUAAAUGGAUUUAUAGUGUCAGGUGAUCUCUGUUCCUCUGCUUUAUCUCCUCGCUGGCAAACAAAUGAGUAACCCACAUUCAGAUGAGAAAUGCAUAUCAACUGUAUAUGAAGGUGUGUGUGUGUGUGUGUGUGUGUGUGUGUGUGUGUGUGUGUGUGUGUGUGUGUGUGUGUGUGUGUGUGUGUGUUUAAGGGGUUUUAGACAAGGCACCCAAGGCAUAUGCCCUCAGGAUACAAAAUUUUGGACUCAGCUAUUAUCCUGUUGUUGUGUAUAUGUGUGUUUGUUAUCCUAACAAUGCUUCUGGGUCAACUCACUCAACAUUGAACUCUAUUUGACCUUACCUCCCAUGAUGCAUUUCUCCUAGUAACCUCCCACGGCUCCCCACAAUACCUACCAUCUUUUUAAAUCACCAGCACAAAGAAACAUUCAGACUGGCUGAUACACAGACACACACACUCCUAAUGCAGAGAUGCUGACAUAAACACACACCUCCAUCCUUUCUCCCUUUUCUCUCCCUCUGCCGGAGCUGUUUUCUCUCCCUCAAAGUGACAAAGAAUUCAGGAGCUGUCUGAUGACAGUCCUUGUUUACCUCCUUUCACUCCUUCCUCCUCCUCCUCUUUCUCUUGACGAUUCCUCUCUCACUUUUUCGUAAGCCGCCCCUCUGAGACGGUCUGUCAUGGAUAAAGAGAUCCUCAGAUGCAGAUUAGCGCUGAAAGAGGACAACCCUGUUGUCUUUACAAUUAGUUACACAGUACCUGAAGAUCUAUUUCAGUCCUCUGUUAUUCAAACAUAGGAAUGCCGCUCUGUGUGUGUGUGUGUGUGUGUGUGUGUGUGUGUAUUCCUGCUGCCUCAGUUCUGAUGGGUUACACUAACAGCAGGAUCCUCACAUGUUUCCAGCUUCAGUAUUAACUAGUAUGUAAUGUAGGCCUUAAAUAAACAGCAUGCAGUGGUAGACUUGUAAGAACUGUUAAAUGGACCAUCAUUGCGUUUUCCCGCUAGUAAAAUGAAGCUCACAGGCACAGGGACAUAACUUCCUGUUGUUGUUCUCCUAAAGGCAUGCCGAUACGCACAUACACAAGGGAUGCAGGACCCCCUUAAGGCAGGGAAGCUUUCUUAAGAAGUGUAAAUGAGCCCAGAGAUGACUUUGGAGAUGACAGGAGGAGAUGCCUGCAGUUAGAUCAGAUGGUUGGUGUGUUCAAAGAGGCUCUCCUCGCCAUCGCGGUCCUUGUAGGUGAGGAUAGUAAACAGUAUUAAAGGGAUGUCCUCCUCAUUGGCUUUUUGAUUUGAUUUUUUUGUGUGUUUCUGCUUGUGCUGAUCAGAUACUUGUAGUUACCCAGAUCAGUGUUUAUCAACCUUUAUUUUGUUUCUAUCUUACCUUAAAUUUAACACUGCUGGGGUUUAUACUAAGGGUUAUAUAGGCCUGAUAUCAGGUUAGGGGCCAUAGUUUUUCCGGUGCAUUUCAUUGUCUCCACGUCUCUCUUGUGUUCCUCUCUUCACCUGUGCGUACAGUUAUGUAAACAAUGUAUCACUAAAGCGCUCAGUCUUUUAACUGAAGAGCAAAUAUUAUGGAUAUAAAAUUUACAUGUAUUAAUUACCCACAAUCUCCUCUAGGUCAGAUGCCUCUCUGUCCCUUAUUACAUUUAUAGAACCCAGGCAAUUUCAUUAUAGAUACUUUAAAGGUGGGGUAGGCAGGAUCUGAGGAAGUACCCACUUUUGCGAGAAAUCUUGAAUAAAUGUUUAGCAGCGCUAAACUGUUUACCUGUUGUUGUUGUUUAUGUUAUGAAUCAUAAUAUUUGAUUAAUUAUAAAGCAAAAUGUUCCUAUCACAGGAUUCCAAUGGUACUCUCUUGAAUGGACAUGCCUUGUCUUGGUAUCUGGGAUCCACCAAUGCUGCCAUCGAAAACAGGGGACCAGUCCCAGCCUUCCACUGUCUGGUAAAGGACACAUUACUGUAGUUGCAGUCUCUGCACUCACAACCCAAAUCGGCUCCUCAAAGGGAGGUAAGACCUUGACUGCCUCCUCUAACUGGUUUGCUGUCAGUGGAGCUGAGUAUUCUGUUGCAUGCUUGGUAAUAAGAUGUCAUAUCAAAACGCUUCACAAAAUGAUCAUAUUGCAAGUGGCUGUUGAACUGCUUAUGUCCUUUGAGUCUUGUGGCCCUGGGGGUCACUCUAGGCUGCCUUAAAACAGUUGUUGUUGUGAUCUGGCUGGCUGUACACGCGUGUGAGCAAUAAAGUCCUGGUAAUGGCUAGACUUCCUCAUCAACGUCCUGUUUAUUAUUUUCGUAGUGAGUAUAAACUGUUGGUGAACUUCAGCUGUGAUGCUGUUUUAGGGUUUAGUGUUAGCUGACAGAGUGAUCAGGGUGAGAUGAUCAGCUCAGAUUUUAAUCCUCAACCUAAAAUCUGAUCCGUCUGAUCAGAUUGUCUCUGAUCAGACAGGUGAGAUUAUCAUUUCAGUGGCAUGUUUCAGUUUUGGUGCUUGAACCUCAUGAUUGAAACAGAACCUGUUUCUGUAAUGUCUGUCAUUGUCUGUUUUAUUUACUGAUGUGAUGAAUUUAGGAGGAAUCGAUGACAUGUGUCAUUAAUAAAAAAACUUUGCACUACGAGUUUAUAACAUGUAAUGAGAGCUACACUGGUGAUACUGGAAAACCAUUAUACAGUCAGAAAAAUGUCGUUUUUACUUUUAAUGUGAGUCAAUAUUUCCUCACUGUUGCAAAGUGUACCUACAAUUUGUGCCCAGAGUUUUAUUCAUUUUAAAGUGUUAUUGCUUUUACGACAGUCAUCCACAUAACUGCAGUGGAAGAUAUUUUAAAAAGACAGAAAGUGGAAGUUAUAAAAGCUGAAAUGAAGAAAAGAUCAUGUGCAUUUGGAGUACACCCACCGGUACAGUGUGAGUUAUUUUUAAUCGUUCUGCCUCAUUAUAUUCGUACUUUGUAACAAAAUAAACACUCACAGAGGGACUCUGAGUGUUGCUCAAGUACCUUUUAGUUUUGGUGCAACUUUGCUCCUCAGGAUGGAUUUAGGAGAGUCAGUGUGGAUUUGCGGUGAAAACAAUAAGCAAGAGCAUCCGGCCAGAUAUUCAGUAGUCAUACUGAUCAUUUUUGUCAUUAUCAUAUUUGGCUAUUUUUUACGUAUAAUGAAAAAAAAAAUUCCACUGGUCUGGUUUUCACGGCAGCCAUAGCUCCCGCACUCUGGCCAACUUGCAAAAAAAACAAACUUUGAUUGUGUGACAUUUGCGUGUCAAACCUCUAUCAAACAAAGAGGCUCUCUUUUUUUCUCUUCUUUGUCCCUCACAUCUGCUGCGUCAUCCUCCGACGCACCAGGCAAAAAAUAAAUUCCAGAGAGUUUCAAAGAGAAGUAGGUAAACAAAAAACGAAAAAAAUUUCUGCAUAUAAGAUCGCAUAAAAGCAUGAAAUACUCUAAAUAAACGAGUCCAAGUUUGUGCGUUUUGAUUGGUGUGACGCAUCAAUUUGUGGUAAGAAUUGUGAUUGGUCAGAUGUUAAUUCUCUCCCCUAUUUAAACAAGAGCUUUGACAGUUGUCAGAUCUCGGCAGAUUUGCUUCUACUAGAAGAGUACGCACAGGUGAGACGGGAGCAGGUCUUCAGGGACUGCAGAGAUCUCCUCAUGGAGAGUGAUGAGUGGCUCACCUGUCGCUUUCGGCUUCCAAGGCAAGUCCUCCUUGAUUUAUGCCACAAUUCAGAAGCCCGGUUACAGAGGGACACUAGGCAGUCAAACGCCUUGCCAGUGCCGGUUCAGGUGGUCGCCACCAUAGGGUUUUUGGCUACUGGGACCUUUCAGAGGGAGAUUGGAGACAGAGCUGGGGUCUCCCAGCCGACAAUGAGCAGGGUGAUGCCAGAUGUGUUGGCCGCCAUCAAGUCCUUCUCCAGGGACUACAUCCAGUUUCUCCUACAAUGA